AUGAUCUUUGUGUGUGCAUGUAUUUCGGACGUCAGAUCAAAUAGAUAUUCUUACGGUGUUGGUGGUGGGAACUACCAGGUCAAUAAGAUUUGCAAAAAUCAUAUUUUCAGUAGAUUUCUGAACAGAGAGCGGCAGCAACGCCCACCUAGUAGGAAGCGAAGAGCCUCUGUGGUGACAAACAACACAUCACCAUCGUCGUCUGGUCCCGAAUGUCAAGUCUGUUCAGCGCCUGCGGAUGGUCUUCACUAUGGAGCAAUUAGUUGUCGUUCCUGCAAUGCAUUUUUUCGGCGGACAGUUGUAGAAAAAGCAGAAUACCGAUGUAAACACACAAACAGUUGCGUGAUUGACCCGGAUGGGAGGUGUGCGUGCAGGUCAUGUCGUUUCACCAAGUGCCUUGAAGCGGGGAUGAAAGUUUCUGAAGGAAAAAAAGUUGCUCUUUUUGCAGCUGUCCAACCACGUCGCGACCCCACUGGCUCACAGAAGGAAAGGCGGAAACGGACGCUAAACGGGGAUUCGGUAUCUUUAGCGGGCAGUCCACCUGAACGGAGUAGUAAUAGUUUUUCAUCGGAUGUACCUACACCUUCAAGUUCAUAUAUCGUUGAUGCUAUCCGAACAGAUUAUGGAUUUUCUACUCCAAGACGAGUUUCCACAGACUACGUGAAUUCUCCUGGAGUAUACAAGAAACAUGUCAAGUUGGAGAUUGAUGAUGAGCCGAUUCCAAGUACAAGCACAAUUUACAAGUUCCAAAUGUCCCGUCAAGCUACACCAACCGAUGACGAUCAACAAGAAUUCAAUCAUCUUGUCUUCGCGUACGGAGAGCACCAACGUAUGAUGCAACUUUCCUUCUCCACCUUCGAACAGUUUUUGGACGAACUGGCCACAGGACAAAAACUCAGAAGGAUGGAUCCAGUAGAUGUCAGCAAGUUAUCAGCUGUGGAGCUCACUGGACUUUUGUACUGGAUUGAAAAACAACAGCCUUAUACAGAUCUUCCCAGUGAGGAUAAGUCAUCCCUUCUGAAGAGAUACUCUGUUAGAAAGUUGAGUUUGGACCAUUUCUACAGUGCAUCAAAGCAUCCAGAAUAUUGCGCCCGCGGAGAAUUCGUCAUGAACAACUUCACAUUCGUCCCAAAUGAUCGUACUGGAUUUGAGCUUCCUGAUGACGAUCCACACCAGAUUCAAGCCAAGAGAGAAACCUUCGCACCAACAUUCAAUCGAUUCUGGAGCAACGUCAUCCAUCCAUUCGUGUCGAUGAAGGUGAACGAUGCGGAAGUGGUCUUCUUGCACAUCAUGCUGUUAUGGAGCGUCACCAAUAAUGAACAUGUGACAGAAAAUACUAGAAUCGUGAUGAAACGACGACGUGACUGGGCGAUGAAUCGUCUUUUUGACUGGUACAGUGAUCAUAAUACUGAAGAACCAGCACUAAGGCUAGGUCAGAUGAUUCUUCUUCUCGGAGAAAUUGAGCUCAUUUGUGAUAUGCACUGUCAAGAUUUCCAAGUUGCCAAACUCUUCGAGUUCUGUGACAUGAGCAAAUUCUGGUACGAAACACUUUGCUACGCACCAUGCAACACAAAUGUCCUGAAAUUCGACCCCAAUCUUUUGGAGAAUCUCAAACUAUUCACGGCGUUUAGCGUCAUGGAAGCUAAUGGUGCCCUUCCCCCAUUCAUUAAAUCGGAAAUCAAGCAAGAUCCUGGAAUGUACAACUCCCCAGACUCUAUGAACUCUGGAAGCGUCUACAAUGAACACCAAACUAUUGAGAUACCACUUCAAAAUGGGUGCAUUCCAAGCAUUCAAGAUCUCCAAGCUCUCCGCGAGCUUCAAACCCUUCAAGAGCUUCAAAAUCUGCAAAACCUCCACGAAAUUCAAACAUUGCAACAGAACAUUCAACAAAAAAUGCCACAAAAUAUGCAACAGCAACAGAAACCAUCGGAACCAAACCCAAAUGUCGAUCCAUCAGUGUUGGUCUUCAAUGCUCACAUGCUCCCCAGUGUGAUGGGACCACUACCAGACGACAUUGAGCGACCCGCUCCACCACCGAUCAUUUUUCAGUUACCAAGUGAAGAAAUAAUGUUAUAG